GUUUGAAUCCACUGCCCGUGUGCUCUGGAGUGGAUUUCGCAACCUUACUCGUGCUUCCUAUCACAGCACAAUCCCAAUCCCGACUGAGUGCCAAACGGAACUCUGGAGUCCACCCGCAUACAACUCAUACAGUCUCCGACUCCCUGGCGCCACCAGCAAAUGCAACCGUCACCGGCCCGUGUGGCAAAGGCCGGCGGGGGCACACCGGCGCCGUACGGGCAUGCCUGCACGAACUGUGUCAAGGCCAAGUGCAAAUGCAUGUACGGCGAUCAUGUUGGCGCAUGCGAGAGGUGCUCUCGCUUGCAGAAGGACUGUCAGCCAUCAGUACCCAAUCGCAAGCGGUCGCAGAAGAAGGUCCCGGGGUCGAGGACAGCUCAUCUAGAGGAGAAGCUCGAUGACCUCGUUUCCCUAAUACGGUCCCAAACAGCCGUGAAAGGGCCUAAUGAAUCACCGCCAGUCCCGACCCCAGCGUCACUGGGCCAAACAACAUCUGAUGGAACCGCCCUUCCCUCCUCAGACUCAAGUCCCAACACCGUAGGUGCCUCAGCCGCAACCUGCCACGCACGGAGUGGCAAGAUGAACCCUUCCAGCAGCGCUGCGGACUCGGAACUAGACUACUACGUCCCCGAGAACGAGGCCCUGGAGCGCCUCGAUCUCUUCCGGCGGGACUAUCCACAGUUCGGCCCUAUAGUCUACAUACCGCCCAAGACGACUGCCAAGGAGCUCCAGCAGACUCGCCCUCUGCUGUGGAUGUCCAUCAUGGCUUGUACAUCCCGCUCUACAAAAGAGUCUCAUCUGAUUGGGGACAAGAUCCGCCACAUUGUCUCGGACAGGGUCGUCCGGCAGUAUGACAGGAGCCUGGACCUGCUGCAAGGCCUUCUGGUCUUCCUCUGCUGGCCACAUUCCCACAAAAAGGAAAACCCGUUCAUAUCGAUAUGGACUGGUAUCGGAGUUGCCAUCGCUCAAGAUCUUGGGCUCACGGCCAUCAAGACUGAAACUGCGUUCACUUUUAUGAAAAAGUUUGCCUUUCAUGGGAUGAAACACCCGCAGACGAAAGAAGGCACAAUGGAAGCAAGAAGGACAUUACUGGCUUUAUACGUUUGGUGUAACACGGCGUCGCAAAUGCUGAGAAGAGACAACCAACUUCGCUGGACACCUCACAUGGAGGAGAGCCUCCGGCUUUUGAUAGAACAGCCUGAGUGGGAUGGAGACAGGACACUUUCCGUACAAGUGCGCUGUGCUUUUAUUUCGGAGCAAAUGAAUGACCUCUUUAUACAACAGUCUCUCAGCGGAGAGAACCAGAUAUCACCAUACCUGAUUAAGGCUUUGGACGGACAACUGCAAGAUAUAUGGAGGACACUGCCAGGAAUUACAACCACUUCUCGUAAUGAAACAGUACUUCUCCACAUGUACGCCACUGAAGUGCUCAUAAAUGAGCUUGCACUACAUCUACCGCCAUCCACGGACCAUGCAGACGUCACGUUUCGCGUAGGGCGCUUGCAGAAGUGCCUCAAGGCCAUCGAGAACUGGUUCGAGACGUACGAGGCCACGCCGCCGUCUGUGGCGGUCGGCGGAACGUUCCAUAUCUUCGUUCAGCUUGUCAUCUGCCUGGUGACGAUCAUCAAACUCAGCAGACUUGAGGACUUCCCGGCCUGGGACGCAGCCGAAGUGCGGCGGCGGCUCGACAUCUUCGCCAUGUUCGACCGCGUCGCGGCACGCAUGGACAAGAUCCGUGUCGCGGUCGGGAUCCAGGAGGACGACGAGCGCGAGGAAAGCAUAUGGGCCAAAUCGGUCAAAGUUAUGGGUCUCAUGAAGGCCGGCGUCCAGGCAGACUGGGCAAGCCAUGGGAUCAUAGGCGGUGAGCCUGAUCCGUCCACAGCUGGUUCACAGGCCCUUGACCAUCGGCUGGCCAUGGCCGCAGGUAGUGAGGCGGUUAUGGGGGCCAACUUGCAGAUUAAUCACGACGCCCUGACAGGGGAGUUUGUGCACAAUUUUGGGGACGACCCAUGGCUGUCAGCAAUGUUUAUCCCGUGGGAUGCAAUGAAUUUCUGAGGGCGAGUUGGCAACCGCCGGCGAAAGGAGUACAGCUGAAACUCUCCACUGUGUUGCAACUCGGAUUCACUGCUUAUAUAGCAAAGUAAUAGAUUAGAGCCCUCCAAGCUUCCUUACAUGUAACAUUAUACAGUCAAAGCAGCAAUUAGUAUAAAUUUGUCUCCAAAAAGGAUUAAGCUGGAGGUAUUUAUUUUCUCAGCUCUAGAGCC